AUGUCCUCGUUUUUCACACUUCCUGCGUCUCAGCGGAAGCGCAAGAGGGAAGACCGAGUUGGAGCUCCGGUAGCUAAGAAGCGAGGCGUUACUGGCAAAGGCGCACCACAGAGCGGCGAUAAAUCCCGGAGGCAAACAGACAGAGAUGAAUCGAUAUCAGGGAGUGAUUCCGAAGGAGAUGAGGGCUCGGGGGUAUCGGCCGGUUCGGACGAUGAAUCGCUCUCUGGGUCCGACGAAGACGAGACUGCGGCCGAGCGAAGAUUGAGGUUGGCAGAGCAAUAUUUGCACAAUGUCAGAGAAGAAGUGGACGAAAUUGGGUUUGAUGCUGCAGAUAUAGAUCGGGAUUUGAUUGCGGAGAGAUUGAAAGAGGAUGUGGACGAAUCCAAAGGCCGAGCAUAUAGACUAGUGGCCUCGACACUAUCACUCUCAGCUGCCUCGCAUUCAUAUUUUCGUGCAGACACAAAUACCACCACCGCCAUCGCUUUACACUACCCAUUUGUCUACACUACAUCAAAGGACAGGACUCUGAUAAAAUGGGAACUGUCGACACCUCCUUCAACAUCUUCUACACAAGAUGGGAACAGCGCCCCGUCGAACCGACCAUUGCGGAAAAAGCCCAAAAAAUUGAAAUGGGCGAAAGGAUUACGACCAUCUAGAGAUAGUGAAGAGAAGCAAGGACAUGUCAGCGAGGUUCUGACUGUCGCAGUUUCACCGUCUGGUCAAUUCGUUGCUACGGGUGGUGCCGAUAACCGGUUAAUCAUUUGGGAUGCCGACACCCUUACUCCAUUGAAAACAUUCACACAACAUCGCGACUCUGUCUGCAGUUUAGCAUUUACUCAGCGGAUAUCCUCAUCAAGUUCUGGCGAACAGUUGUUUUCCGCCUCAUAUGACCGAACUAUCAAAACCUGGUCCUUAAGCCCUGAUGCGCAUGCCUAUGUGGAAACACUUUUUGGUCACCAAGAUCAUGUGUUAGGGGUGACUUCAAUGAUAACAGAUCAGUGUGUUAGCGUUGGCUCUAGGGACCGCACAGCAAGGCUUUGGAAGGUCAUUGAUGAAACGCAACUGGUAUUUAGAGCUGGAGGCAUGUCUAAGCACUGUCAAUACUCUUUAAAUUCAACGGACUGUGUGGCCGCCUUGCCACCAACACACUUCGUGACUGGUUCAGACUCCGGUGCCAUAUCACUAUGGUCUGUCCACAAGAAGAAACCCCUUCACACCAUUUAUGAAGCUCACGGUCUGGAUCCCCUACCUCCUCCCGAAAAGCUGUCGUCUGAAACCGACGUUGAGGCACAGGCUGCAAAAACGGCAAAUGUUCGCCAAACCCCACGCUGGAUAACAGCAUUGGCCACAGUACCUGGCACGGACAUUGUGCUAAGCGGUAGCUGGGACGGUUGGAUUCGCGCCUGGGAAGUCUCUGAAGAUAAGCGCCGGCUUCGACCUCUAGGCUGUAUUGGUGGGAAAGAGGCACCAAAGGAUCUAUCCCUCACAAACGGCUCAUCUCAUACCCUUUCAGAUUCUAUGCCAAUAGACACCGAUGAAGACGGCCAAGGCAAUACCGCACCCCCGCUCCGGGGUAUCGUGAAUGGAAUAUCUGUCUAUGAACGCCGAGGUGUUGAUUCCGCCAAACCUGGCCGCCCUCUUUCUAGCUCUACAUUAAAGAAGAAGAAAAAGGGGUCUACGGCAAAAUCGCAUGAGACUGACGUGAAGGGGCUUUGUAUAGUAGCUGCGCUAGGCAAGGAACAUCGACUCGGACGUUGGAAGGUGUUUGAUGCUAACGAUUCGAAGAAUGUUGGCUGUGGCGAGGUAGGGGGCAGAAAUGGUGCUGUUGUAUUUGAAGUGCCUUUUGCAAGCUGA